CAAAAUGAGCAGACUAUACGAUAUAAAAGAAUCCAAUGUAAUCGAUGAAGAAAUGUUAAAAAAGGCAGUUGAGGAGCAAGGACCUCAAGAUCAAGCUGGCCUUAUAGCCAAAGCUGAGGGCUUAAAGUACGACAAAGUGACUGAACUGCGUCUGGACUACAGAAAAAUCUUAAAGAUAGACCAUUUGUGGCAGUUUACAUCUCUAACCAAGCUUCAGCUCGACAAUAACAUCAUUGAGAAGAUUGAUGGUUUGGAAAAGCUCACUAACCUGGUAUGGCUUGACUUGUCCUUCAAUAAUAUUAAGGUGAUUGAAGGCUUGGAUACGCUAGUGAAACUUCAGGACCUGAGUUUGUUCAGCAAUCGUAUUUCUGUAAUCGAGAACAUGGAUGCACUGCAAGACCUGCAUAUUCUUUCACUUGGAAACAAUUUGAUCUCGCAGCUUGACAGUGUAAUAUACCUAAGAAAGUUUAAGAACCUGCGCACACUCGACCUUGCUGGAAAUGAGAUCUGCAACGAUGAAAACUAUAAACGUUUUGUAGCUGCGUACCUUCCAGAUCUGGUUUACCUGGAUUACAGGCUAAUAGAUGAACAAACUAGAAAAAAAGGACAGUCCCAGUAUCAGAAUUUAGUUGAGAACAUGAAACACAACGAAAUGCAGGAGCAGAAGGCAGCAGAGGCUCAGAAAAAAAUUGAACAAGAGAUUCAGCUGCAUAAGGAUGCAUUUGUGGAAUAUUUGAAUGGACCUCAGCUAUUUGAAAGCAUGUUUGCAGAUGAUGUUGAGGCAUCUAAGUUAUCGUACCUUCCUGGAGUUGAUGACCUACUGGAAUCAUACCGGACGCAGUUGGAAGCAUUCUGCAUGCAGAUUUUUGAAGCAGGUUUAACACAGCACACCCAAAGGCAGAAUGAUAUGGAAUGUUUCUUCACCUGUUUCCAAAUGGCCAUGGCUGACAAUCAGCAGAGAGGAGCUCAGGUAGUAACGGACUUUGAGAGGUCAAGGAGACAGGUAAUGGUUGAGAUGAAGCAGGAGGCAGACCACAGCUUGGUGAAAGACAGAGUCAGAAAUGAGAUCGCGCAGGUUUGUGACACUCUCCUGACUCUGGAGCUGCAGCUAGUGUCUCAGUUGGAGGACAUCAUUAAAGACUUUGAGAGGAACAUCACAGAAAUGGUUGGAGGGUUUACCGAAUUUGUGCAAGGCAUAUUUGCUCAGUGUCGAGAUCUUGAAAACCAACAUCAUGAGAACGUGCUGGAGAUUGCUAUGGAAACACUGGAUAAAGUGUCUAAGAAUGAGCUGAAGGAGGCUUUGCCUGAAGAUGUCCUCUUGCUCUUUGUGGACAAAGACACGAUGAUCAACGCUGUCAGUGCAUCACAUGACACACAUCUGCUGAAGAUUGACAACAGAGAGGAUGAGCUCUUGACACGGAUCAACAGCUGGAAAAGUGAACUAAUGAAGUCGUUACAUGAUGACAAAGUUAAAAGGAAUCGCAAGCGAAUCUCAGAAAUUCAUCAAUAUGUCAAUUAUGCAAGAGACCAGCUGGAGGGAACACCGUUGCCUGACUACCAGUAGCAGGAACUCAGUCAGACUGGAACGAAAGCUCAGGCUGGGAAUCUCACACCUACUCACACUAUAACAUUUUUAUUUUAAUUUUAUUAAAAUAUUCUAAUUUAGAUGCAGUGCAAAAACAUUACAUUUACAGAAAUUGUUACAUUUUAUUUUGCAGGGAAAUACUGUUAUUUUAACAGUUUGUUUUUUAUUUAUACAACUGAACGCCUUUAUUAAAGCAACAGCACUAGAUGUUUUGCAGAGAAAUAAUAUUAUUUUACAGAUUUUUCAUAAAUUUGUAUCAAACAUAUUCAAUAAAUUGUUAACACAACAUCACGAUUGUAAUAAUGUUGUUAUUUUGGAAGGAAAAAAAUAACAAGAACCUGAAGAACUAUAACACAACAUAAUAUAAGUAUGAUGAAAUAUAUAACAAAUACAUUCAAGAUUCCCAAUGCUCAGGUUAAAGUUGGAUCGAACACUUAAUUACUAAUAAAGUACAAUGUGGUCUUUUUUGUUCUCCAUAAUAUUCUCUUGACCCCUUGGGGCUCCUUUCAUUCAUUCAGUUUCUAUACUCUUUAUCCUUUUUCAGGGUCAUUGGGGCCUGAAACCUAUCCCAGGAUACUUUGAG